AUGAGUUACAAUCUCCGCUCUAGGGGAUCACGGCAGUCUCCGGCGGGACUGGUGGCGACUUUGGAAGCCCUCGCGCAGCCUGAGAUACCUGUCAGAAGUCGCCCGCGUCGAACGAGAUCGGGCAAGGCAGGACCUCCUACAAGAGACGAGCUUGACAUUCGCACCAUGGACAGAAGGCCAACUCCACGGCAAGCAAUGGACAGCCCAGGGUCUCGCGCGAAACCCUCAGAGCGCAGCAACGGCGCACCCCCCGAGAAGUUGCGGAAGCCACCGCCGGAGGCCUACAGUCAACGAGGGGCUAGCGGACGUGCCGGCAUUGGCGCUAACAAGCAUCGGGCGGAUUCCACCGAUUCAAGUCAUUCGGAAAGCAAGCUUGUUGAUUCUUGUGCAUGCGCGAACGGACAGAUCUUUACGGUUCCCCAUUCCGCGCUCACCCCAGAGGAGGAUGUCAUGGCAGUUACACCAGCGAGAGCCUGUGCGCAGUUCUGCCUCGACCCUGGAAAGCCUCCGUUGAAGGCCAACCCACCAGGAGCGGCGUAUAGUGAAAAACUAGCGAAGAAAGAAGAUUCAAGCACAGCAGCCGCCACCGUAUCGCCUUCGGGCGGCGAUCGGCUUUGCGUCCGGGGAGGGGGGCGGCUGCGGCCUCAACUGUUUUUGCCGUCGCCGACUUCCACUCCCUCCCUAAACCACUUUAGAAAAAAGAGGAAAAUCGUGCUGAAGCAUGAGCUUUCCGGGCUAGACGGCAAAGUCGCGAAAGCCGGCGCUGCCAACCCCAGUCUUUCGUUUGUUUGCUCCUCGUCAAUACCGACGAACUCGACGUCGCCGCCUUCGUUGGGAACCCUUUCCUAUCCCUCCGUCUGUCGCAACACGUGUGUGACUUCCACGCCUCCUGCAUCCAGCCAGCAGGACUAUUCUGCUCCCACUGCCGGUGUGGCGUGCCCGUUUCUCCAGGAUGGACAGCAAACAAGCAAAGACCAUGAAGUUAGCGGUGAAGGGCCUCGCAGCCCCUCGUUGCCGGCGCCUUAUUCGAGAAAUCCUCUAGCCAGCAAGUCGCAGGGAAACCAAAAUCCUUCCGGGGUUGAACCGCAACCCGGGGAACCUGUCCAGAGUCACGAUCGCGGGAGGCCGUCAACCGCGAACUCGUUAACAGUCAGCGGGUCUUACCAGCGCGGGCAAGCAAAGCCCCUCCUCCUCGCCGCAGCAGAGAGUCCACUGUGUCAUCCAACAGGCCCAGAGCCUGUCAGCUCUCCUUCGAGCGGUGCAGCGGAAGAAGGAGAAGGCCUGAGGCUGCAAGCUCCGUCAGGGUCGCUAGCCCCCUGUUCUGGGGCGAUACUCGCCCCUACGGGCCUGCGAGACAAUGCUGCCGGUUCUCCUCUCUGCAGCAUGGUGUGGAAAGCCACCGAACGGCUGAAACUCACUUCGCAGCUGAGCGAGCAGGAACGGCAGGAGGGGGACCUUCCAACGAGAUUCCUGCCUCACUUACGUCCUACGGCUUCGCGCGAUCCGCUUGUCCUGUCAGCUGCCUCACUCGUAUCAGAGUCUGUUUCGCCCUCCGCUCUCUCGGCCGCGUGUCCUCUGUUUACGCGUCUGCCGCCGGCGAUACUUUGCGCUGUGCUUCAAUUUUUACCAUCUGCGUCCAUUGUCGCGUUUGGAGCGACCUGCCGUUACGCGCGAGCGCUUACCCAGCUCCCUGCUGCAUGGAACCUGCUGGAGGAUACAGCCGUGCAGAAGCUGCUUCAGCACCAGAAAGCUGCUCCAGCGUCCGGCCGGAACUCGUCAAUCAACAUGCGGACGAGGCUCCGCGAUUUCAAGGCCCUGGCCGUCCGGUUUAGCUGCGUGACGAAGCUCGCCAUUGACCUCACCGCCAGCGUUUCCCCAACGAAUACCUGCUAUUUUCAAUGGCAGACGCCCUCUCAAUCCACUGCUCGCGCCACCCUCUUACCGCCAGCCUUUCUUCGCCUUCAACCUGCGCGGAUCGGCUUUUUUGAGACCGUUAACAGCGCGGCAGGUGGAGGCGGAAGUCGUCCGGCGAGACCGGCUCCUGUCAGCAUGGCAGACGAGGAGAAUCCUUCCUCCGUGCCGGAUGCUGGUGCCUCAACUGGAGCAAGCCUGCAGGAGGAAGCAGAAGCCCUUCUUUUACUUCAAGGCCUUCUCAGCAGCGCGGGUGCGACGAUAGGAGAGGGAUCGUCUCCCGUCAGCGGCCGUCCUUCAGCACAAGCGAGGCCAGACUCAGUUGCGCAGUCUCCUUUACGCCAGGGUCACGCACGUCUGCCGACAAUGGAUGCUCUACCGAGGCACAUGACGGUUGCGAGCUCGCCAGCCACGGUGCCGGCACCUAGCGAAGCAUCACUGAGUGAGCCUGACAGCUUGGGUCUCGCGACAUCGAGAGACUGCAUUGCGCCCUCCGGAGGAUGUACGACCAGCCGAGCCCAAAUGGAGUUGGCACGCACCGGUAAUUCGCGUCUGUCGAGGUCUCACGCUUCGACAGACGCGGGAGGCGGCGCGUCGCAGCCAGCCGCCUUUCAAGGCUCUGCUUCUGUGGACGGCGCUGGAACCCCCCGACAGGUCACAGAUCAGGAGCCCUCGCACGGAGCCAUGGAGACAGGCGCCGAGACUGGAGCGCCAGGGGCCCGGCGGCGCCUCGUCGCCCGGAGGCUGGGCUCGGUCCUCUGCGCCUCCGGACUUUCACCGAUCGCCGGCGCCUCGGGAGAAGACGAGGUAGCGCGGGCGUCGCCUCCAGGCCUGGGAGCCCCAGCUGCACAAGGAGAUCUGGCAGCUCGCAACCACGGAGGCUUGGUUGAGACGAGGCAAGGCACGAGGUUGCCAGAUGAAGAGCACCAGGAGCAAGACCUGCGUCCGGACGUUGAAUCGGGCGAAGGCAGAAGGCGCGAGCUCGUCAGGACGCCCGCCGGGAGGCGACGCGUUAGAGAGGCAGUCUCGAUGGAGAGCUUGGAGACAUGUCAUUCUGGAACAAGAAGAGGCCGUAGGGACUCUGGAAGAGGUUCGCGGGAAGGGAGUACUGGUUGCCUGCAAAACGACACAAGACACGCUCAGACCCCUGAAGGGUAUCAAGUCUCGUCUGCUUCGUCGCAAGCUUCCCCGCUUCCACUGCUGCUGCUUCUCCCCCCACUGCCACUCCAAGGAGGGAUGACGGAGACAGAAGAGUAUGAGCAUGGGGACAGAGAAAUCCAGGCCCACAUUGUGCACGGAGCUCAGCCAGAGGCGCAGCAGGGGAUUCCGCAACGAGAGCCGCUACACGGCGUGCAAGGGGGCUCCUUGCAGGAGCCGCCCCCGCCGGAGCACGUUCAUCAGCGAGCACAUCAACGCCGCGCGAGGAGGGAGCGCCAGCAGUUGAUGCUGCUGCACCAGCUUCUCGUUCAGUUACGGGGCCAGCAGCCCCAGCAGCCGAGGCGAGAGCGCACCCCUGGGUCCAGCGAGAGGCGAGGCGUCUCGCAGCAGCCCGACACGCAGCCUGAGGCCACUCAGCUGGCCGCUGGGGAGCGAACGCGACAGGCAGGCACAAGUCUGAUCAACCGGAGAUUGCAUGCACACAGCGCCGAGCCCCUGGGCACUUCGAGAAGGCCCUGUGGCCACGGCGGCCCCAAGGGCACUGAGUCGCAAGCGGCAGAUCCUGGUGGUGAAUGUUGUGGUGCAGGCCACGAAAGGAUGCCAUCAGGAUCAUCAAGGCCGCCUCGCCACCGCAUGUGCGCCGCUUCGCCCCCUGCGAUCGGACAGUCGUUAGUGCCGAGGGGCUCUAGAGCACAGGCUGAGCGGCUGCCGUCGCAGGAGACCGACUCUGACGUGGCGCGUCGGGAGAGCUCUCAGUUGCAGCAAGAAUGGUCUCAGCGAAGCCCACCGGGGCGCCAGCGUAACUUGAGCGGGGCCCAGGGUUCUGGCAAUCCGGCUGGUGCAGUCGUCUUUGCCGGAUCACUCCACGGCCUCCCUGUGCGAGAGAGUGCGCACCCCGAUAGUUCGCGGCGACCUUCACAGCAGGCGGGAGGGUCUGUGGCUCAUGGUGCAGAGCCGCAGGGACUCCUGCAAGAGGAUCGGAUCUUGGGGGACUCCGCCGAAGACACAUCAACCCCGCAGGCUGAUGGCUGGCUGCGUACUCGGCCGGAACACGCGCAGAUUGGCGAACAACCGAUAUUCUUGUUGCCUCUUCUCUUCGCGUCUGCAACGCAGCCUCAUCUAGCCAUGUCCCGUCAAGGGGAGCAGCUCACGGUACUGGUACGAAGGCCAGGCGUGGCGCGCCCAGUUUACAGCCACUCCGAAGGGGGGCAGCGGACCUCAGCAGGCGGAGGACCUGCUGGCGAAGGGCUCAGCCGGCUCCUGUUCAGUGCCUCGAGGCUCCUGUCAAGAGGCCAGCGUGUUCGGUCAGCGGGAGGCGGCGGGCAGGUCAGCCCAGCGGCCCUACGUGUGCUCUUUGGGGGUCUCCGGCAGCUGGUGCACCUGACUCUCAAGCUCGAGGCGCGGGACGCCAAGCAACUGCAUCAGCUGAGCCUGCAAGUUGACCUCGUGCGGGGGCUGCUGCAGCAGAACGCUCAGACGCUCCGCGUGGUAAAAAUCUCUGUGGACCUUCCCCAAGAAAGCGAGCUUCUCGAACAGGAGGCCACUCUACAGUCACGCCGACGCCAGCAGCGACAUCAAGCCUCAAGUCCAGGCGCUCUCCAGCCUCUAGCCCUUCCGCAGCAGCUGCCGGCACUCCAAGUCUUCCAUACGAACUUUCCCUUUUAUCUGCCCUCGGGCUUCUCGGCGAGUCCGUCGUUCACGCAUCUGUGUGUCCGGUGUCUGCAUCGAUUCGUUUCCCCGCAUUUCGCCCGAGCUGAGACUCGCAGUGCUCACGUCAGCGUCUGCAGCCCGAGGCGGUCGGCUUCGAUGCGACUUUACCCCUCGCCGUCAGCCUGGCCAGAUCCGCCGGCUAGUUCAGAGGUCUCGCCCGCUCGCCGUGGGCUGGGCCGUGAGUCGAGUAGUCACGACGGAUGCGAAAGGGAAUCGGUCAGCCGGAUAGGGCUCUGGGCGCAGGCGAGGCCCGAAAGCCUUCGAGAGGCCGACGGCGGAGCGGUGAGAGAGCCGUCGUGUCCCCCCGCGCGCAAGCGGCUGCGCGCGGAGCCGUCGGCGGACCUGGGCGGGUUCUCGCGCGACACCAUGGGGGGCGAGGGUGCUUCGGGCAAACGCCGGGAAGAGAACGAGGGUGAGGAAAGUCCGGAUGCGGGCUUGGACUGGGGUCUCUCUCCGUCGCACACGUUGUCCCCCCAGUCCGACGCUGGGACUCUGUCUCUGCAGAACUCGCCUGCGAGCAGCACCAGUGCGGUCAUAGCGGCGCACCUAAACAGCCUGUUCCCCUCCGAAGACAAACCGCCUGACCUGGCGUUGCCCGAGGGGAGGAGGCGGACCGAACGGCGAGUUUCUGCCACCUCAGGCGCUUUGUCUGCGUGGCGUUCGUCUGCAUCGCUUCCAGAAGCCGCCUUGGAGAGAGGGGGAGCUCCUGGACUGUCCUCUUGCUGCUUCGAAGGGAUUCAGAAGACCGGUGACAGAUUCGAGUCUUCCUGUGUUUCGUCGGAGCGCGAAACAGAUAUUAACAGCAUCCGCGAAGGCGGCACCAGUGACACAGAGGCUGCAGAGGAGGUUCAUUCGAACUGGCAAGAGAAGGCGGGCUUUGGAGUCCGCUGUGUGCGUCUCCCCGCUUGCUCUAAGGACACGCUGCUGCCACAGCCGACGCUCAAGAAGUGUCGAAUUUCCGCGUUCUCCUCAGCUCAUGGAAACAGCUCUCAGCCACUCUACCAACUGCAGAGACUGUUACACGUGGGCCGCGAGACCCUGCAGCAAGUCGACCUCCAGGGCGACCCACCGCGCACUUUUUGCUGCCUCCACCCGCAGCUUAAAUUCACAAACCUGCGGCGCCUCUCCCUCGGCUGGACGUGUACCGCCGAGCUGCUCUUGCUCUACUCCCUGCUCCUCCACGGCCACCUUCCGCAGCUUCGGAAGCUUCAGUUCAGCGGCCCCUCUGGGGGCUCCGGUCUGUCGAUGAUGCAUCUCCAGCUGUACGCGCUUCUCAACAGUCCGCCGCCGACUUGUCCUCAUCAUCCGCCUCUUCCCCGUCCCCUCUCCUCGCUUUCCUGCGCUGCUGUCUCGCGCCGGGAGGCUUCCCGCGCCACUCGCGCCGCGGCAGAACCCGGCGGCGAAGACGAACGGGGCGAAAGCGAAUCCUCUCCAGAGGUCCGUUCCGGGCACGCGGCGGGCAGCUGCCCCGCUGCCCUGUCCGGUUGCCGCGACCGUUCAAGUGCGGCGACAGAGUUUCAGUGGAACGCCAUCCGUUUCUGUGCGGAAGGACCGAAGACGCCGGGCAACAGCGACCCAGCGCGCGGAGACCUCGACGAGGCUUCGUCUCCUCGUGAGGCGGGUGGGUGCAUGUCCUGCGUGUCUGCCGCUGGCCUCACGCCGGGAACCGACGGCGCGGCUUCAGCUGCCGAGCGCAGCCCAGAGACCCCCGAAUUCUGCCUCAAGUGCGCAAGCAUGAGAGACGGGACCGCUCACGGAGUCUACUUCAAGUACGCCGCGCUGGAUAUCGACUUCGACGCCCUCCUCAAAUUCCGCCUUGCGCUCCGCCGCCACGGGCUAUUUGCGUUUUACAGAGACGAGAGAAACAAACUCAACCUCCUUCACGUAGAGGGUAUAACAGAUGUUGGCAACAAGGACGCCUCUGAAGAAGAAAAAAGUGCCGAGAAUCGGCUUGAGCGCAAAAACGAAUGGAGACGACGAUUUGCCUACCAGCACAUCAGGAGUCCGCCCUUUUCGUAUCGGGGCUCUGCCGUAGUUUCUUUGACACGCACGGCUGCGUCCUCCGCCGGCUCUCCGCCUCCGUCUUCUGUCGCGCUCUGGUCGUCGGCGCCUUUUCCUCUUCGCCACCGCUCUCACAGCCGGCCUCACACUCUGCCAGCGUCGUCCUCAGUCGACAGAGGUGGUGAGUCUUCCGGUCUCUCGUCUAGGAGGCCUUGCGGAGGGGGAACGCCAGCGCGACAGCCCGGUCUGCGCGCGGGGGGGGUAGCUGCCGGCGAAGGCCAAGGUGCGGAUGAACAGUGUUUCGACUGCUGGCAUCCUGCCCAGUUUUUCGCAGUCAAUCAGCCGGAUGUGCAGGGGGUGGAGGCCGGCGGCGCCCGAGCUCAGGGUGCCAACCGGGUCGCGCAGAGAGCGGCGGACGGCGAUCCACGCAGAGAGAGACUGGCGACAGGUAGCAGGGAACUCAGCAGCGUCUCUCUGCAGCCGAUUGCCCCUACGCAAAUCCAGUUUUCACCGCGGCAAGAACAAAGCGUCUCACCGCCGCUGGAAGACAGUAGUGGUUCAAGCGAACGGGCGCCCGCCUCCCAGCAAGCGCUCUUCAGUGAAUUUCCCCCUUCCGCCGCCGGUGACCGCGAAGCCACAGCUUCACCAUCAGGCGCUGAGAGGCGGCUGACAGGCCCUGAGAACUUGAGGCUGGACGAUGCGGCUUCCGCAGCUGCUCCACAUGCUGUAUCCCAGGCGGACCCUCUUUUUGCUAACUUGUCCUGUGCCUCGCUUCCGGGCUCCUGCGCUGGCGCGCUUUCAUGCCUUCGACGCCUGAGCGACGUGAGUGUGGCUUUUGGCGAGCAGACCAGCUCCCUACCCGCUUGUCCGGCGUCUGCCCAGCCAUAUGCCUAUCCGCCGCUGGGUGCAUCGCAGGCGCUGGGCGAGCCAGUCGCAGUAGGAGGGACUGGCGCCGGCUACGGACCGCUGGCGGGCCUCCGCUCUUGCCCCGCGGAAGCCUGUCUUGGCUUGACAGGCCCCAGAGCAGGCGAGGGUCUCGCUGCGGCUUUCCGACGUGUGGGAAGGAGACGAGAGACCCGCGGAGCGGAGCUGCAAUGCCGCGGGCCGUGUGCCGAGGACCGUAGUUUUCCACUGGCUUCAGGAGAGUCCAUAGGCCCCCUGGCGUCACCCGGAGCCGUCACUGCGCCAUUUCGGGGGGGCAAUCCGGGAGCGGCCGGAUCUACGCUGUCCUGUGUGAACAAUCUGAGCGCUUUUUCACCCGCCUGUCCUGUCCAACAAAGUCAGACAUAUGGGGAUCUGGGCGCAAGGCGAGAGGCACUGCAGGGCAACAACGUAACGGUGUCGUGCGAAAGCAAGAAACACGCGGAACAGCGACGCGCGUACCCAACAGUAGGGCCGUUGAUGACAGGCAGAGAUUUAUUUAUGCUAGAAAUGUGGUUGGCGCCUGAACUCUGCCGAGAUCUGCAAUCGCCGACUACGCUUGGCCAAUUGCGAAGCCAGCUACUGAAUUUGUGGGAAGAAAAGCUAACCUCCGAUCAACGGAGAAUAUACUGUGACGUGAUAGUCCGGAGGUACAUCGAGGAGCGACACGGCGUGGAGGAGUGGAAAUUCGAAAAUGCCCCUCCGUGGUGGAUGAGCCAGUCUUGA